AUGGAGUUGUUAGAGAUCGAGGAGCUACCGAAGAAACUCCUUCGGGAAGAGGCCGGUCGUGCCUUCCGUCUCCAAGCCUCGGCGUCUAUGGACAUGUGGCUUUGCAUGAAGCGAGCCAUCUCGGUGGCCGAACACCCCAAGAAGGCCUAUGAAGACGGUCAUGCCAAGGUUGCCGAGUUGGGAAAGACCCUCCAGGACCAUGCUCAUCUGCUAAAGGACAAACAAGUUGCUGAACGGCAAGUUAAAGCUUCGGAGACUAAGCUAGCAGAGAUGAGAAUGGUCCUGGAAACCGCGGUGUCGACAGGCGAGGGAUGUUGA